UUUUCAUCACUGCCUUGCACUUGAUCCCACCGGACUGCCCGAGUGACGAAAGGAUAACUAUGCGCGGGACCGUCUUGCGGAUCGCCGCCUGUUCGAACGUGCUCCUCCUGAAGAUGACCGCGAUCGCCGACGCGCUCACGAUGGACGACGCACUCUCUCACAAAGGUGAAUCUCAACUCGGCCAGUGGUGCCUUACCGACUCCAACUGCUUGACGGAGAACUCAGGCUGUCUGGCCGAGAUAUGCGCCUGCAAGAUCGGCUUUGCUCUUUACGGGGACCGAUGCAUUCCAGAACCUCGCCACAGGAGCUUUCCCAAGAUGUACCUCAUGAGCAUCGGCUGCCUGCUGUCCAUACUCAUCUUCUCCAUGUCUCUGUGCUUCCUUUACUGGAAACGGAAGCUCGACGACCGGCGAAACCGAGAAGUGGAGGACCAUAGCUCGGCAUCUAGCAUCGCCCCGCCUUUAUGGUCGGACACGUACUCGAGUGACAAGCCACCUGCCUACGAAGUGGCUGUCAACAGUUCCUGUUUCCGCUCCAAGCUGGAAGCCCCGGCGCCCAGUUCGUGGCAUGCGGUGCCCUUGUCUGACAAUCAGGCACGUAUUGCACACGUUGCGUCAGCGGGAUGA